AUGGUAGACUCGGGUCCGACUCUCUUCGUCAUGUCGACGGACUCGGAGAAGAAUCCCAUCGCUCCAACUGCUUUCACGACCUCGAGUCGGACUUUCAUGUCGAGCAAAAGGGUCGUCGUUGCUGGCCGAUUGGGAGCUGCGACGAUGGCUUCCUCGAAGGCCGCCUUCGUUUUUUACUGCUUCUUGGUUCAAACGGCGGUCUCGGUCGACCUAACCCCUUACAUCGACGUCCACCCUGGCAAGAGAUUCAAGAACGUGAGCAAGACCUCCGUGGAAAAGAGUCUCGGAAUGUGCAACAUCGAAUGCGUCCGCCAAGAGCCAAUCUGCAACGCCUUCAACUUCCGGAAAUCGGACGGAUCCUGCCAGCUGGUCAGGGCCGCCACGAGUGACUUGGUGGACGGCGAAGGAUACGAGGCCUACACACAGAACAUAUGUCUCUCGAAGCACCCAGAGAUCAAGGGAGCAAAUGUGACGUACGACAAAGGCUGGGAUGGGAAAUACCCGGCACCCAACGGAGCGACGGUCGCCUUCACUUGCAAGGAGAACAAUCAAGGAUUCACGGAUGGCUCUCUGGAGCACACCGCCACGUGUGCCGCGAAGGAUCCUGACUCUUGGUGCACCUCCACCUCCUUCGAGGAAGUCCACUGCGAGCUUCCAGUGGACCCUUACGAUGAGAUCAACAAGUACCGACAGAAGGUGGCCACAGACAAAGAGACAGGAUGUAAUGAUUGUACUGCCAAGAAUCCCCUGCCGACUCCUACUUACAUGAUCCAACUGGCAAGUUCCAAAUUCAGCAGAAUUUCGUUGUGCAUGCUUCAAGGAGUUUUCUCACGACUAAUGAAUAACACUGAAAUUGAGAGGAAGGCGCAGAAACGUGCAGAUGAGUGUACUGUUGCCCUCUGCACCAAUUGCGGCGCCCUGGCAGAGUUGGGAUACCAGACCAUAUGCAGUCCCGGGAAAGGUUGCAACAUCAACUGGCGCGAUCCAUUGGCCGCUUGGUAUGCGGAAAUCAAAGAAAUGAAACAAGAGAACAUCAUAAACGUGACGGGCAAUGUCGACAAGUGGCUCCGCUACGGUCAGCUGAUCGGGUCGGAUACGGAAAAGGUGAUCAUUCAGGCUUUAAUAAGUCUGUUGGUGACCAUGUAUGGGGUUGUGUGCAUCAGUGGAGACCUUCGGGAGAUACGUGCAACAGAAGAGCUUAAGUCCAAGACUUGGGAGACGUUGGAUAACAGACCAAACUUCUACUGCUUCAAUCAUCGUGGCCAGAGUCUCUUCGGACUGUGUCCCCCUCCGAUGCCUUUGACGAAGAGUGCUCUGGAAGGACCCUCAUGAAUCUUCAUUCCAGUGAACCAUGUGUUCACCUCCCCUCUUAUCGUGACUAGUCUGUAUGGAUUAUGAACUUGCCAGGGAGUGUGUGUGUGGCUGAAGUUUUUAUUAUUCUACCUUGAGAGGAAUGAAAGUUGGAGGUAUUAAUUUCAAAUUCUUCUUCAUUACAGUUUGUAGAGGAUUUCCUCCUCUUCUCUGUUGGUCUUUGAAGCACACAGGCACAGGAAUUCUUUGACACUCUGCCACUGGAACCACCUGCACCACUGAUCACAAAGAAAAAAUUAAGAUCAGUAUUUGAAUUUUCUUGUUCUCCAUUUUAGUUAUGAAGUCAAGGUUUCAUGGUAUUCUUCAUAGAGCAGAGUCUCUCAGAGAGAUGUACACAUGAUUUAAAUGUGAACAGUAAUUGCCUUUAUUUGUUUUACUGC